UCAAGAUUUGUUUAAUGCUUGGAGGGCAAGAGUUAGACAAGGUACUUGAAAUGGAGGUGAAUACCAUUAGCCAAGAGGGAAGUAGUAGAGGGAGGGGCAAGAAUAAGCGCUUUUGGACAUGUCAAGAAGAUUCGAUGCUUAUAAAGUAUUUACACCAAUUGUCUACUGAUCCUAAGUGGAAAGGUGAGGGCAGUUUUAAAAAUGGUUACAUGAGUAGGUUGGAAGAGUUGAUUAAUGGUGAGCUUCCUAGUUGUGGUUUGAAGGCUUUUCCGCACAUUGAAUCAAGAAUCAAACAUUGGUCAGAGAAAUACAGUUUACUAGCUGAGAUGUUAUCUACUUCGGGAUUUGGAUGGGAUGCCGAUAAGAAGAUGUUGCAAGUAGAGAGAGCAGUGUUCGAUGAAUGGGCAAAGGUAAAGUUCUGGGAUCUUUUAUACAUUACUUUGUGAAUAUUGUGCAAAAGGUCUACUCGUAUGUUUUUGUUUCUUGUUGAUUUGACUUUAUUCAAUGUACAUGAGAGUAGGGUCUGUUAGGAUUGUGAGCAGGGACUGUAGCAGUC